AUGAUCCCUCAGACCAACAUAGACGCCAUCUUAUCUCCCUUUCACACGUUCAACGACCUGAAACCCUUUAAACAUGUUUCUACAUCACAAAGACGGGAAGGGAUUGAAGGGCUUCAUCCUUUCCAUUUAGGCAUAGUGAGACGGCAAGGUAAUACCAUUGGAGUCAGCAAGGACACCAGUCAAACAACAAGGAAGAUGAUCAACAAACCAACCAAAAAACAAGAUGAACGACGUCAAGCAGCACUUAACAUUCUACGUCUCCUCAAAAAGUUUGUCUGCACCCCUGUCAAACGGCAAUAUUCAUAUGUGGACAAAGACACAGUCGAUUAUUCAUUCUUUCUCAAUCAUCAAGGACGUGAUAUGACCGCUGCUGAAGGAACAAUUUAUAGAGGAGAGGAGACAGAAAAAAUUGGUUACAGUAAAAAGGGAAAUGGUAGUGGAAUGAGAUUUGUUGGCAUGGCAAUGGCGGUGGCAAUUGGGUAUGCCCCCACCUCUAAUCUCAUUCAUCACGCUGUUGGUGAAGGUCCUGCAAGGAAAGAUAGAAUAAUUGUGAUAUUUUAUACAUGCCGUCAUGUUGAGAGUCUGUUGGGGAAGCAGGAGGGUGGUAAAGUAGUUAGUGGACCAUUGGAGGGAGUAGAUUCAGAUGAUCUCAUCAUCUUUGACGAAGAUGAGAUUAGUGAGGAGACAGACUACGAGGAAGUAAUUGAAUGA